GCCCGGUCGGAAUUAGAGCGCUCGCAAAAAGCGAAAUUAAAACUUGAUCUCCACGGCGGAAAACGAAAACAAACUGCGUUUGUCCCAGAACGGGGUCAGUGUGUCAUGUUUGAGUUUCAAGAGAUGCCAACAAAGAGCCCGCUCGUUAAGUGGAGCAAGCCACUCUGUUUAUAAUUUGCUCUUGGCUUUUAUUCUGGAACCAGGCAGGCCGUCUGGACUGGCAGACAGACAGGAGGCCAUAAAUCCCUCAGCGCACACUCACCGGGGUGGGGAUUUUCGGCGUGGCUCGGUAAUUCCGGUGCGAUUAACCCACUUCCAUCCAGGUCGGGCUCUGGCUGGCGAUCCGUUCCGAAAGGCGUUCGGCUCUCAACUAACCAGAGCUUCAGACUCGCUGGGGCGGGUGGGGGAACACUGAAAGGCUUCGCAUCGGAGGUGAUGUCACAGACGCAGUAGUGGGGCGUGCCAUGACUGAUGGAAGACUGUACUGUCCCUAGACCCCCACAGACUCUGCCGAGUCUCCCCCCUUUAGUAGAGCUUCCCACAUACCUCCAGACAAUAAACUAUCUUUGACUUUAAAAGUUAGAAUUACCAAUCUUGGGACGGGUUGGGGCACACUCUUUUUUCCGUGUCACCCCACAGCGUGGCGAGCCCCGAGAACUAUCGUCCUUUUCGAACACUGUCCUGGCUCCAGUGUUGGCCAAAACGUCACUCGCACCGACCCAAACUGUCAAAAGCCAGCCAAGGAGGCUGUGGAAUAGCCUUCGCCAGACACGUCAGUGGCCAGGCGGGGUCAGAAAGUGUAAGUCAUUGCAUUUGCAAACGUCUUCUGGUGAGAACACGCAGGGAAUCAUUUUUAAACAAUUUUUAAUUGUGCGGAUCUGUUUUUUGAUUGAGUUCUUGAGUUUUGCAACCUCGUUUCGUCAUGAGUCGUCCGAAGCCCAUCAAGAUCCACUCCGGCGUGUGGCUGAACAAGAGCUACGCCGCCACCGUGAAGGAGGAGUCCGACGUGGCCUGCCUCUCCUGGCGCUCGACCGGCCCCACCGCGUUCAAGCCGCCAGUCUUUCCGGCCUGGAGCGGUUUCUCCGGCGGCCCGUCCUCGUACAAGCCGCCGGACUUUCCGGCCUGGGGCGGGUUUUCCGGGGCCGCGAGCGCCCGGGCCAGUUACUCGGCCAGGGUCGCCACCGAGAUGGAGAAGGAAAACUGGAAGAAGUUCUACGUCUUCGACGACGACAUCGCCAACGAGCCGUACUUCGCCAGCAACCUGAAGUACUAUCCCCACUUGCCGCAGCCGCUCUGGGUGGACGACUACCAGACCUUCGCCGAGAUCAAGGCCUCUAUCUCGGCGGGCAACCACUCCCAGAUCCGGCCGCCCUUGAGCCUUCUCUACGUGCCUCCGCGCCCGAGCUGCUUCGGGCCGGGCCUGAACCGCAACGGGGUUAUGGGUCAUGGCCCGUUCCUGGGGAGCCGCAGCCGUGACGACUGGUUCCGCAUGGGUUGCAGCCCGUGGCGCCCCUUCGAGGUGAAGACUACGGGCGACUCCUUGUCGCGCCUGGCCAACUUGAUGAGGUCCGCCAGGGUGGCCCUCCCGGAGGUGAUGGUUGGGCAGGCUGCCCCGAAUCAGGGGGCUCAGUUGGAGCGGCGAGCCGCCGCUGAAGGGGGGCCACGGCCCUUGCCUGGUCCAAGUCCUGCAGCAGCGGCUGGCGCCCCGGAGCCUAGGGAAGAGGAAGUGGCGGUGCAGAAGCCGAUUCCAGUGCCGCCGCGCAUCCCACGCUACAACAUGAACCGGCAUCGCCGCCUUCAGAGCCUGAGGAACGAGGCUGCCGCGGCCACUGCGACCAUCCAGACCACCACGGCGUACUCCUUGAACCUGUCCUUCGAGGUCACCCAGAGCGAGGACUCGCCCUUCCCCAUCAUCAAGGACAACGGGACGCUGAUCAGGCCGUUGCCGCCGCCCCAGUUCCGUCUGCCGCCGGCCCCCAAGAAGGACGAGGCCGUGGACGCGGAAGUGGCCUCCACAUCCGCUAAGUUCGUGCCUGUUUCCUCGCCCUCCUCCAGCCCGCUGAUGUUCCCGCCCUUCGAGUAAGGUAUAGAUUCCUUUUCAUUAUUGUUAUUCCAUUGUACUGUCGCCUGGGAAGCGCCAAUAAAGAUGGGUCUCCCGGGCCUCACCUGGCGAGGGCUCGUACCUGCGUUCUUGGAACAGAGUA